GCGUUCAUGACACCGGAAGUAGACUCUCACGUUGCGGAAGCAAGCAAAAAACAACGGCAGCACACAUGUUGAAUCAUCAUACAACGAAAAUGGAAUUAAAUUUGAACAAUAAGAAAACAAGCUCACAAGACUUGCUCGCGUGUGGCAACGGAGGUCUUCAUGACAAGCUUCUCCUCAAGUCGAAGGGGCCCAAGGCUGGCAGUUCUUUGCAAACCGAGAGGGUCCCAAGAAGUAGUGUUAUGGACCGACUGCAAAACUUCCUACCCCAGAUGGCCCAGGCCAAUGAGAAGCUCAAGUUGCAGAUGGAGCAGGCACCUGAGGGCCACUAUGACAUAGAGAGGGUGGAGGAGUCUGGAAAGGUCAUAGAGAUGGAUGUGUCGCUGGUGGAGCUCAGUAGUUCAGACAGCGACUCAGACAGAGAGUCUUCACAGGACAACGGCGCCAACUCAGACUCUGAGGAGGAGAGUGAGCUCACAGAGGAGAACCUCAAACUACCUGGCAACAGCCAGAGGCAGAUAAAGAAGGUUCAUAUCCAAGUCCUGGAGAAACAAGUGGAUUAGGCCGUUAUAGGCCUCUAAAGAGACUACUGGGACAGUUGCAGUGUAGAAUAUUGACAUGCGUUGGUAAAACUAAUCAACUGACGUGGGAUCAGUUCUCCUUCUCCAAGCCCUUUUCAUAACCAUUAUGAGUGAAGGAAUAAGAACUUCAGUGAGGACAUGUCAGUGAGGACAUGGUCCUCGAGGGCUAAUGGAUUAACAGUGGAUGGAGACCUGCUGCAGUGAGGGAUAAAGGGGACACUGGUGUCUACAUAGGGGGGUGUCUGUGCUAUAAAGGCCAAAUAUCAUGUGUCAACAGUACUAUUUGAGCCAUAAUGAGAUGGGGAGUGAGUGCCUUCUCAAGCAUGUGCAGUAAGAAUGUGUCUUACAUAAUUUCCUGUUUAUCUGAUGACCGUAGGAUACAUGUAAGGUUAAAGUUCAUAGUGGCUUCAUUGAUGGCAGAGAAAGAAAUUACACCUAUCUGUAUUCAAUCCAUUUUAUUUUACCCCUUUUUUCUCCCCAAUUUCGUGGUAUCCAAUUGUUUUUAGUAGCUACUAUCUUGUCUCAUCGCUACAUCUCCCAUACGGGCUCGGGAGAGACGAAGGUUGAAAGUCAUGCGU